AACGACUCGCCCUCUUCCCUUCUGCGACUCCAAACCCUCCUCCCUCGCCCUCUCUCCGUCGCCUUCCGCCGCCUCUAAUCUCGAAACUCACAACCUCCGUCGAGUUCAGAUCGACGGCCGACGCUUCCGCCUUCGAAAUCCCUACUUUCGCUCACUUUCAGCUCGAGAUCGAGAAAAUAGCACUGGUUUUGAUUGCCGAAUAGUAAGAGAAGAUGUUCGGUUCUUCUAAUCCUUUUGGACAGUCAUCUAGCAGCCCGUUUGGGUCCCAAUCGGUAUUUGGGCAGACCAGCAGCACAAAUAACAAUCCUUUUGCCCCUAAGCCUUUUGGUAGUACAACCCCAUUUGGCGCACAAACAGGGAGUAACAUGUUUGGAGGAACUUCAACUGGUGUAUUUGGCGCAACUCAAGCUUCUUCACCUUUUCCUUCCUCCACAACCUUUGGUGCUGCGUCCUCACCGGCUUUUGGAAAUACAACGCCUGCUUUUGGAGCAACUUCUAGUCCUUCACCAUCACCUUUUGGUGGUUCAUCUGGUUUUGGUCAGAAGCCUGUGUUUGGAGCAUUUGGGUCCAAUCCUACUCAAACAAGUCCUUUUGGAAGUACAACUCAACCAUCACAGCCAGCAUUUGGGAGCAGUGUAUUUGGUUCCUCCACGCCAUUUGGUGGAUCGAGUCAGCCAGCAUUUGGUGCUACCACUACCCCAGCUUUUGGUGCUACAAGCACCCCAGCCUUUGGUGCUACAAGCAGUCCAGCCUUUGGUGCUACGAGUAGUCCAGCCUUUGGUGCUACGAGUAGUCCAGCCUUUGGUGCUACCACCACCCCAGCUUUUGGUGCUACCAGCACCCCCGCUUUUGGUGCUACCAGCACCCCUGCUUUUGGUGCUGCCACCACCCCAGCAUUUGGAGCUACAAGUAGCCCGGCCUUUGGUUCCACAGCAAGUCCUACAUUUGGAAGCACAGGAGCUGCAUUUGGGGUGUCGAGUUCUCCCUUGUUUGGAUCUGGGGGAGCUUUUGGGGCUUCAAGCACCCCGGCUUUUGGUUCAUCUAGCUCGACCUUUGGUACUUCAACCAAUCCUGCUUUUGGUGCUUCAAGUGCUCCUGGUUUUGGUGCGUCCAGUACUCCAUCGUUCAGCUUUCCAUCAACUCCUACCUUUGGCCAAUCAAGUUCUGCAUUUGGUAGCAGCCAGUUUACCACUUCAUCUCCUUUUGGAGCACAGAGUUCUCCGUUUGGAGCUCAAUCAACAACAUUUGGGAACACUGGUGCCUUUGGGCAGUCAGCUUUUGGGGGCCAACAACGCGGGGGCAGUAGAGUGGCUGCAUAUGCUGCAACUCCUGAACCCGAUGGUGGCACUGGGACUAAUGCUGCUGGGAAAUUGGAGUCAAUAUCAGCAAUGCCUGCAUAUAAAGAAAAAAGUCAUGAAGAACUCCGCUGGGAGGAUUAUCAAUUGGGGGAUAAAGGUGGUCCAGCUCCUGCUGGUGCGAGUGGCUUUGGCAUUACCACCUCACAGCCAAACCCUUUGAAUCCUGCACAGGCAUUUCCUCAAGCCUCAAGUCCUUUUAAUGCCACAACUUCAUCUAAUUUGUUUGCUCCAAAAACUCCAUCCUUCACAAAUACAGGCUUUGCAACAUCAUCUACACCAUUCAGUUCAUCAGGUUUUGGGAUUUCUACUUCAACUAGUCCUUUUACACCAUCACAACCUUCUACAGUUUUCCCGCAAACCUCAUCUCCGUCUCUCUUUAGUUCGUCAAGCUCUGCAUAUUCAUUUCCUGCUCCAGCUGCGACAGCAACUUCCACGUUUAAUUCAAACCCGUUCAAUCCCACACCUCCAGCUGCCCAGACAGGUGGUGCUUUUACCAAUCCAUUUGGGCAGAAUACAACAUUUUCGCAGCCAUUCAGUAACCCUUCUACUGGCUUUGGUUUAACGAUCUCCACUGCUGCUGGUGCUACAAGCAGUCAAAUGGGUUUUAGUCAACCAGCUCCGACUUUUUCUGUGCCCUUCUCAUCUCAGCCAACUCAGAAUAGUGGUUUUAACUUCAACAGUUUUAAUCAAACACAAUCAGGCUACACAGGUGGAUUGGGAACUUCAACAGGAAUUCUUGGUCAGAAUAACUUUGGACAGUUACCUGUCACUCAAAGCUCUGCAGCUGUACAACCAUUACCUGCUACAAAUCCAUUUGGAACGCUCCCUGCAAUGCCACAAAUGUCAAUUGGUCGUGGUGGAACUGCACCGUCAAUUCAAUAUGGAAUUUCGAGCAUGCCUGUCGUAGACAAACCUGCGCCUGUUAAGGUAUCAUAUUUGUUGACCUCUCGACACCUGUCGCAAAGGCGGGUCAGGUUACCUGCGAGAAAAUAUAAUCCUAAGAAUGAUGAUCCAAGGUUCCCAUUCUUUGUUGACGAUGAAGAAACAGAUAACACACCCAAGGCGGAUGCUCUUUUCCUUCCCAGAGAAAACCCAAGAGCACUCAUCAUUCGUCCAAAAGAACAGUGGCCUCAAAGGGUUGGUGCUGAGAAAGCAUCCCCAUUAAAGGAUACUUCGACUCCAGUGCAUGAGAAUGGAAAAAUUCCAGGAGAAGCAGGUUCUGAGGAUAAAGAUAAAACGCCAAAAGAAAAUGGAAUUGUGAAAGAGCGGGCGAAUCAUGUCAAAGUCAACCAGAAACCUAAUGGAGUUCAUGACGAUCAUUCUGUUCAGGAAGGGGACUCAUAUAUGACACUAAGUGGGCAUAGGGCCGGUGAAGCUGCUAUUGCAUAUGAGCAUGGCGCUGACAUUGAGGCCCUAAUGCCAAAGCUCCGGCGUACAGACUAUUAUACAGAGCCUCGAAUCCAAGAAUUGGCAGCUAAGGAAAGGGCGGAACCGGGGUUCUGCUGUCGUGUCAAGGACUUUGUGGUUGGACGAGUUGGGUAUGGUAGCAUCAAGUUCUUUGGGGAGACAGAUGUGCGAUGCCUUGAUCUCGAGGCUCUGGUGCAGUUCAACAAUCGGGAGGUGAUAGUGUACAUGGAUGACAAUAAGAAACCUCCCGUCGGGCAAGGCCUCAACAAACCUGCUGAGGUUACACUACUCAACAUUACGUGCACUGACAAGAAAACAGGACGUCAGUUCACAGAAGGCCCAAAGACUGAGAGAUACAAGCAGAUGCUGAAGAAGAAGGCAGAGGAUCAAGGAGCCGAGUUUGUUUCCUAUGACGCCUUGAGAGGCGAGUGGAAGUUCAGGGUAAAGCACUUCAGUAAGUACGAGUUGGGAGAGGAAGACGACUGGGAUACCGAUGCUGCUGCUGCUGCUGCUGAAGACUGCUGACGGGUUAUGGAGUUCGAUCCGAUGUGUUAAAUAUGUGAUCGGGGGAAAUGUUUGUCAUGGAUGCGGAUUAAUUUUGGAAUUGUAUAGAAUUUAGGGGAUGUGGCAUAAUAGCUGUUGAAGCCUUCCUGGCGCUCUGACUAUGAUCUACUGGUCUUUUCUUUUUUCCCUUUUGUGUUUUUAUUUUAUUUUGUAUGAGUUAAACUGUGACUUGCAAUCGAGAAAAAAUGAAAAACUCUUUUUUGUUAAUA